AUGCUCGUAGUAUUAGCUACUUCUACUAAAAUAUAUAUAUUCGUUAUAGGUUGCAACUUUUAUCCUGCUGGUGAAUAUCUGAAGUUCGUGAGAAUACCAGAAAACCUCAAAGUAGGAGACGAAGUGCUGAAAGUAGAAGUGCAUCCCAGGAAGAACCUGAACCUGCAACCAGUAGAUAAAGAGGAGGAUGCCCAUCUCUUCACAUAUCGCGACGUGAAUCGAACCCACGUGUCUGUCGUGCUGGCUCAGAGUGUGGACGCGUUGGUGGACAGUGAUACUCCACAGAACGUAGUCAAGUUCCGGCUGGGUUGCGACUUUGAUUCCGGUGAUGAUUUGGUAUGUCUGACGAUCUACAAGGGGAUUCAUGCGUUCGAUCGCGAUAAACCCAACACCCCGAACUCCGAUGUACAGUAUAGCAUCACAGCCGGUGAUCCUGAAGGUCAUUUUGCAUUAGAGAGUUCUCACAAGCCAGGACUUAUAUUGAGAAAGCCACUGGACUAUGAUACAGGAGACAAGGAAUUCAUUCUUACUAUCACAGCAUGGGACCGGGGUACGCCACCUCGUAAUACUAACACCACAGUACAUAUUACAGUCCAGGACAACGAUGAUCUUCCACCAAAAUUCACUCUGGAUGCUUACAAAACUCAAAUACCUGAAUUUUACCCUAUACUGGGCAAACGAGUCCAUAAAGAGCUGGUCUUCUCAGAGCCAAUACAUGCGUAUGAUCAAGAUUUGGGUGUAUCAGCCCCUAUAAGGUACGAGUUGGUUGCUGGCAAUGACAGGAAACUAUUCUCAUUGGAUCAGCUAAAUGGGAGCAUGUUUUUGGAAAAAGAAAUUGAUUUAGAUGCAGAGAUUGGUCUGGCAGGGAAUACGUUUGUAUUGCAAAUUCAAGCGGCGCAAGUUGACAAUCCUCUGAAGAUGGCUCAAGCUCGGGUGGAAAUAGAAAUAUUAGAUGUAAACGACAACUUGCCUGAAUUUGAAGUUGAUUUUUACAAUAUCAGUAUUGUGGAGAAUUUGCCUAAUGGUUUCAGUGUAUUGCAAGUUAUGGCUACUGAUCGAGAUCAAGGUGAUAAUGGGGAGUUUACAUACCAACUAAAUGAUCCUGAAGGUGCUUUUUCGAUAGAUCCAAGAAACGGGUGGUUAACUGUUAGAAAUCAGACCAUAUUGGAUAGAGAACAUCACUCUUCAUUACGCAUGAAAGUGUAUGCUAAAGAAAAAAAUCCAAGUGUCGUUGGAACUUUUUUGGAUAAACAGCGAUUAUCGAAAUGGAAUCGAUCGCCUUCUACACUGCGACCUCCUUAUAGAGACAAAACUACAUACGUAUUUCCUGACAGAAUAGGCGCUAAGAUUGAUAAUGUUGAAUAUUUUGAAGAUAUACAUCAGCUUAUGUCUUUUGUAACUGUAGAAGUUACAUUGCUCGAUGCUAAUGACAAUAACCCUGUAUUUGUACCCAGUAAUCUGUACGAAUUUGGGAUAAAAUCAAAUGCAAAAGUCAAUACUUUUAUUGGAAAAGUGAAAGCUGUUGACCCAGACCUAGACCGAAAUGGUAUAGUAUUAUACGAUUUACAACGUACUAGCAAUUUGACUAUUACAUCUCCAUUCCAAAUCGAUCCUAAAACCGGUGCUAUAAGUGUAGCAGAAUCACCGAUAGCAGAAGGCAGACAUGCCCUCUUUAUCGAGGCUUCUGAUCAACCAGCCAAUCCUAGUGAAAGAAGAUACUCUUUGGCUGUUGUGACUAUUGAUGUAACACGUGUAGUAAAAGGAAACAGACCAGAAAAGCCCGAUUUCCUUGGGGCACCAUAUGAAUUUUGGGUUGGCUCAAAUGUUGGAAUUGGAACAAGUGUGGGUCAAAUACGAAUCAAUGACGUAAUGAAUAAAAAGGAAGUCACUUACGAUUUAUUACAUGGAUAUGAAGAAGGAGUACCUUUUGCGGUUGAAGAAAAGUCAGGAGUAAUCACAGUCAUAGACGAAUUGAAUAAUUUCGACCGCCCGCUAUAUGAUUUUGAAGCAGUGGCAAUACAAGAUAGUACUAAUUUAUCAAUAUCCACAAAUACUACGAUUCACGUCGUUGAUGUUAACGAUGAAAGAGGUGUUCUUUUGAAGGGGGCACAGUCACCACUUAUAUUUCACGUGAAAGAGAAUGUAGCAGGUGCAACAAUUGGACAAAUUUUUCAUGUGAACAUAAGUUCUUUACCUAUUAAUAGCACUGGAAAUAUUAAUUUCAUAAUUGCAAAUAAGCAAGAUGUUAACGAUGAAAUAGCAAUAGGGCAAGAUGGUACUAUUUAUACACAAAGACCUUUGGAUAGAGAAAGAAGAGAUACAUAUAGUAUUACUGUUAUCGCUGAAUUCAGCAAAGGCAUGAUAUCAGGUGCUGGUAUAUAUCAAAUUACUAUAAAUGUUGAUGAUGAUAAUGACAACGCACCAGUAUUUGAAACGUCUUCUUAUGAAGGGUCUAUAAAUGAAAAUGCCAAGAAAGGAACAGAAGUCAAAAUGAGUAAUAAAAUAAAAGCGACGGAUGCAGAUGUAGGUCAAAAUGCGCUUUUUGUUUUCACAUUGUUCGGCGAUGGGCAUGAAUCAUUUGAUAUUGAUGAUGAUAGUGGACAAGUAUUUUUUAUUGGAAAUAAAUUAGAUCGUGAAGAAAAAGCAGUUUACAUUCUGAAGAUUGUGGCCAGAGAUAAGGGUGGCUUAAGCUCUGAAGCUAAGAUAACGAUUACAGUUAUAGAUGAAAAUGAUAAUAUUCCAAAGUAUAAUCAAAUUAUUAUUCCUUUAGGGGAAAAUGUGGAACUUUUGGAAGUUGAUGAAAAUAGUGAUAUAAUAAUUUAUCAAGAGAGGAGAAAUAAUUUGACAGGUCAUGUAUAUAAUACUGAAGUAAAACCUAAAAAUAAAUUUACACUAAAUGUAAGUGAGCUGGGUCCAAUGUUUUUGAUUCCAGAAAAUAUUGCUAUUGGUUCAACUGUACUAAAAUUACAUGCUGUUGAUUUGGAUAGUGGUAGCAAUAGUCAAAUAAGAUAUGAAUUUAUUUCAGAAAUAUUUACACCCCCUUAUACAUUACCCACGAAUGCUGUGCAACUAAAACGAUAUUUUGUCAUAAAUGAACGGCAUGGACAUAUUAUUGUUGCACGUACACUGCCACCAGAAUCUGAGUUUAGACUGAAUAUAUCUGCAAUAGAUGGUGGUGAGUUAAGUGACCAUAUAACAGUGAGAAUAUUUGUAAAAGACAUUAAUGAUCACUAUCCAAUGUUUAAAAAAUCUUGGUAUACUUUUGAUGUAGAAGAAGCACAAUAUUCAAGAAGAGUACUGGGAAAAGUGGAUGCCACAGAUGCAGAUUUUGGACAAAAUGCCAAUUUGACUUACUUUAUUGAACCAUCAAGUAGUGACAUACCAUUUGAAGUAUCGCCUCUAACAGGUGUUUUUAGUGUAAAUGGUGAACUUGAUAGAGAAAAAGAGGACAAGUAUAUUUUGACAGUUAUAGCAAGAGAUAACGGGCAGAACAAAAAACUUUCAUCAUCAGUGAGCGUAGAAAUUCAAGUUUUAGACAUCAAUGACAAUUCACCUAAGUUUAUUGGAUAUGAUGAUAUUUUCGAGUGGAAGCAUCCAGAAGCCACUGAAAUGUCAAACCAUAACUUUGAAUCAGUUUCGGUGAUACCAAUUUAUAAAGCCACGAUACCAGAAAAUGUUCCUGUUGGAACAGUUGUUACUAAAGUUUAUGCCAAUGACUCAGAUUUUAUUGGGAAUGGAAAUGGUCUAAUUUUAUACAGUUUACCACAAAGAAAAAAUCAGUUAAAUCUUUUUGCUAUUGACUCUAAAGAAGGUAUCAUUACUACGACAGGAAAAUUAGAUUUUGAAAUUCAAAGUCAAUAUAAUGUCACUAUUAUAGCUUCUGAUCUCGGUUCUCCUAGUUUGAGUUCUACAGCAAUGCUUAUGUUGACAAUAACAGAUAUUCCUGAUGAUGUGGAAAUCUUGGAUAAGCCCGUUUUUAUUUCUCGGUAUUAUGAAUUAGAAAUUGAAGAAAAUGUACGAGCUCCUGUAGAAUUAGUCACACUUAAUUUGACCGAGCACUAUGAGACUUUUAAGAUGAAGUAUUUUAUCUUAAAUGAAAAUGAUACUAUUAUAAAUAAAACGUUUAUGAUUGAUCCUAAAAACGGAACUUUGUAUUUGACUAGAAGUCCAGAUAGAGAAAUCAGAGACAUGUAUGAAGUCAUUGUACGCAGUGAAAGACAAAAAACAAGCAGGGAGCUUCCGCAUAUGAUUUAUCCUGUAUCAGAUAAUGUAUUGGAAGGAAUGACUAAAUAUGAUGUCAAAAUAGUAGUAAGAAUAAAAGAUGUCAAUGACAAUGCGCCCAAAUUCUCCAACGGUGGGCGACCUUUAGUUACCGCUAUACCUACAACAGCACCAUUUGGCUACCAAGUUAUGCAGUUACAUGCUACAGAUGCUGAUACAGGUAUUAAUGCCGAUAUCCGCUAUCAGAUUAUAAACGAACAGGCACCAAGAUUUGCAAUAGAUUCAAUCACGGGUCGAGUAAGAGUGGUAGCUUCUUUGCUAAGGGACUCUGGAAGAGUAUUCGGUUUUGAUGUAAAGGCAACAGAUAAGCGAGGUGCAGAUGAUGGAAAAUCAGCAAUUGCUAACGUUUUUGUCUAUGUGCUUGAUGAAAACAAACAACUAGUUUUGGUUGUUGGAGCCAGACCAAUGGAAGUUGAGAGAGAAAUAGGAAAUAUUACACGCUACUUGACCACUAUGACUGGCUACGAUAUUAGAGUUUUAGAAGUGGGAGACACCGCUAUGGUUCAGGCUCGAAGCAGCAAACUUUUGAACACAAUGGAGAUCAGCGUGGUUGCUUUGGGGUGCAUUGUAUUUGUGGGUGCCUGUACUACGGCGAUCUGCGUUCUUUGUGUUAAAAGAAGUAGACGAAAACGGCACAAACCAUAUCCCCAGCAACGUCUUAACGCUUUUUCCACUGAGCACCUAACAAAAUAUGGAGGUCUCUUCCCAUCUGGAGCAAACCAGUGCCAAGAACUGAACCAAUCUUACAGCGAAGCCGAUUCUUAUAUCGACGUUAUAAACCACAAUUUAACAAAGAAAAUUUGCCCGCAUGGCAACACUGUUGAAGAAUUUGGGAAAGCCCAUCAGAAAUGCGUGAAAGGCCAAUACGAUCAUAACUCCGAUUUUGGUCAGAAACAUGAGAGGAUGUGCAUCAAAUUCAACCAGCGUCCAAUGAAGAAAAGGAAGGGGCAGGACACGUCCAUAACUUCAGUAAAUUCCAGUGGCCAAGACUCGGGGAUAGCCGAGGCCCGGUGUCCCUGUGGCCAAUCCAGCGUCCACACAUCGGAGGAGAGCAGUGGUUGCAGUUAUGAAGAUUCCCUGAAAUCGAAUAAUAACCAAGAGUCUCGUAAGCCAUACAGAGAACCUGAACAAAUUUUCCAUCGUCGAGCGUCGUUUAAUCACCAGCCUUUAGAUUCGCGUCAUUUACACUAUAGAAGGCAAUCUUUCUCAGAAAAUAUGCAAAGACAUUUCCCAUCAUUCGAAAAACCUAGCUCUAAUAGACUUAUCCGACAAAUAUCCUCUCCAAAUGUAUCAAAUAUUGGACAGCCAUAUUUUGUAAGUAGAAAAAAAAGUAUGAGAAAAAAUGAAGUUGUUAAUGAACCUAUGAUUGAUUAUGAUCAUAGUGAAAAUGAAGAUAUGUUCGACACAAGAAUGGACAGAAGACCUAGUGCUAAGAAUCAUAAAAGGAAAAGUUUCAUGGAUUUGAGUGGACAAGCAGCAGUUUUUGUUGCAACUCCAGCUGCUGCAGAGAUUAUGAGAAGACAAGGCAGCGAAAGACUUAUGUUUGCUAGACCUUUAUAG